UUUCUUUUUUUUUCUUCCCUCACUUCAGGAAGAAGCGGAUACAGCGUUGCGUCCGCCGCUGAUGGCUCUGACGUUACAGCGCAGGUUUAAAACGUCGCUUCGGUAGCGUGUGGUCGUGAGCCGGGACGUCUUUCCCCCAUGUAGCCGCCCCGACCGCCUGUGUGUCGCGGGUUCGAGAGCGGAGAACAUGGACCGGACGCGGAGCGGCACUCGGGCCCUGUUGUGCUGCUUGUGUGCGCUGCUCUGCUGGGCCGGUCUCCCACAAAAGGGGUUCUGCAGCGCCACGGUUUCCCUUUCUGAGAGCCUGCUCUUCGUGUCCACGCUGGAUGGGAACCUUCACGCCGUCAGCAAGAAAUCCGGCACCAUCAAAUGGACUCUGAAGGAAGAUCCAGUUCUUCAGGUCCCCACGCAUGUGGCAGAACCAGCGUUUCUGCCGGACCCCAUCGAUGGCAGCCUGUAUUCUCUGGGUGGAAAGAACAAGGAAGGCCUCACAAAGUUACCGUUCACCAUCCCUGAGUUGGUCCAGGCUUCUCCCUGCCGCAGCUCCGAUGGUGUCCUUUACAUGGGAAAGAAGCAGGACCUGUGGUAUGUGGUGGACCUGUUGACUGGUGAGAAGCAGCAGACUUUGACUUCCUCCUUUGCAGAGAUGUUGUGCCCCUCUUCGUCGCUUCUCUAUCUGGGACGCACAGAGUACACCAUCACCAUCUACGACACCAAGAGCCGGGAGUUGCGCUGGAACGCCACCUAUUCCGACUACGCCUCCACCCUCCCCGACGAUGACACCAAAUACAAGGUCGCUCACUUUGUGUCCAACGGGGACGGCCUGGUGGUGACUGUGGACAGCGACUCGGGAGACGUGCAGUGGGUGCAGAACUACAACUCGCCGGUGGUGGCCAUGUACAUCUGGCAGCGCGAGGGCCUCCGGAAAGUUCCCCACACCAACGUCGCCGUGGAAACCCUGCGCUACCUCACUUUCAUGUCGGGAGAGGUCGGCCGCAUCACGCAGUGGAAGUACCCGUUCCCCAAAGAGAACAAGCCCAAGAACAAGUUCCUGGCCACUUUGUAUGUGGGUAAAUACUCCACCAGUCUUUAUGCCUCUCCCUCCCUGGUGCACGAUGGAGUCACGGUGGUGCCCCGUGGCAGAACCUUCCCCAUGCUUGAGGGUCCGGACAGCCAGGAGACCGAAGAGGACAAGGAGUGUGUCAUCACGCCCAGCACCAGCGUCAAGUUCAACGCUGCGCUCCGGGAGCGAAACCGCAUCAACUUCAUGAGGAACUACCUGCUCCUUAUAGGUCAUCAUGAGACGCCUCCUGAAGCUCACAAAAAGAUCCUUGAGAAGUUCCCCGACAGCUUUCCUCGCCAUCAAGGCAACGUCAUCCCACCGACUACUGACAAGAAAGUAGAGGAGACUCGUCCUCUUCCCCCCCAGAAAGUGAAGGGUGACGUGAUGGAUGAUGUGCCCCCUUCUCCUUUACCACAAACAUCUAUCCAGGAACCUGCGAUCAGUGGGCGCACUGCGCGUCCAGAGGCGCCUGUGGACUCGAUGCUCAAAGACAUGGCCACCAUCAUCUUCUCUACUUUCCUCCUGGCUGGCUGGGUGGCCUUUAUGAUUACUUACCCCAAAAGUGUCCACAAGCAGCAGCAGCUGCAGCACCAGGAGUUCCAGAGACAGAUGGAGGAGAAGUUGGAGCUGCUCCAGAGGCAGCAGCCGUUCCCCGCUACGGACGUGGGCCUGGGCAUGGCCGCGGACAGCGACUAUCUGGAGGGGGCCCACAAUCGCUACGAAUGCUCGGACCACAGCAGCCCCAAUGUCACCCCCCGCGCCUCCAACCACAGCAACCUGUCCGUGUCUGAGCUGGGAGGCUCGGCCAACGAGCACGAAGAUGAGGAGGACUCCAAUACUGUCAGAGUGGGCAACGUCACGUUCCGCCCCAGAGAGGUUUUGGGUCACGGCGCCGAGGGCACCAUCGUGUACAAGGGGCAGUUUGACAACCGCGCAGUGGCAGUUAAGAGAAUCCUCCCAGAGUGCUUCAGCUUUGCAGACCGCGAGGUGCAGCUGCUGAGGGAGUCCGACGAGCACCCCAACGUCAUCCGCUACUUCUGCACCGAGAGGGACCGUCAGUUCCAGUACAUCGCGAUCGAGCUGUGUGCCGCCUCACUGCAGGAGUAUGUGGAGAGGAAGGAUUUUGAACGUCACGGACUAGAACCAGUAACGCUUCUUCAGCAGACCAUGUCCGGACUGGCCCAUCUGCACUCUCUCAACAUAGUCCACAGAGACCUGAAACCUCACAACAUCCUGGUGUCCAUGCCCAACGCCCACGGUCGGGUCCGGGCCAUGAUCUCCGACUUUGGCUUGUGUAAGAAGCUGGCAGUGGGCCGCCACAGUUUCAGCAGAAGGUCUGGGGUGCCGGGCACCGAGGGCUGGAUCGCCCCCGAGGUCCUCAGUGAGGACUGCAAAGACAACCCGACCUGCGCUGUUGAUAUCUUCUCUGCUGGCUGCGUGUUCUACUACGUGGUGUCUCAGGGAAGCCAUCCUUUCGGCAAGUCUCUGCAGCGGCAAGCAAACAUCCUGCUGGGCACGUACGGCCUCGACCACCUGCAAACCGACAAACAUGAGGACAUAGUAGCAAGAGAUCUAAUCGAGCAGAUGGUGAGCAUGGAGCCCCAUAGGAGGCCCUCAGCGGAGAGCGUUCUCAAACACCCUUUCUUCUGGAGCCUGGAGAAGGAGUUGCAGUUCUUUCAGGAUGUCAGCGACAGAAUAGAAAAGGAACCGCUGGACGGACCAAUCGUGAGACAGCUGGAGAGAGGUGGGAGGGCUGUUGUCAAGGCUGACUGGAGAGAACAUAUCACAGUGCCCCUGCAGACGGACCUGCGUAGGUUUCGCUCCUACAAGGGCGGGUCAGUCCGAGACCUGCUGCGUGCAAUGAGAAACAAGAAACAUCAUUACAGAGAGUUACCCGUGGAGGUCCAGGAGACUCUGGGCUCCAUCCCUGACGACUUUGUCUCCUACUUCACCUCCCGCUUCCCCCACCUGCUAAUGCACACGUACCGGGCCAUGCGGACCUGUGUGUCGGAGAGGCUGUUCCUGCCUUACUACUCCACAGCAGAGCAGCUCGCAACAGUACAGGCCCAGUGCACCCCACUCGGGCCACAUGGACAAAAUAAGCCAUGCAACCUAACAACAGACACACAAUCAUCAUCAUCACAACCACAGGUCCCGGUGCCGUGCUCACAGCCGGAGCAGGUCCCACACACGGCGCCCGCCACUUCACCCGAUGUGCCCGUAUUCUCACAUCUGCCUGUUCAAACUUUACCGCCUGCAGAGCCCCAGCUGCCCACGCAGACUGCCUCGCAGGGGGAAACAUUGCACCCUGCCUCUGCCUCAGAACCCCCCACAGAGCCUCUCGGCCAAAGGGAGUCGAGUCCGUCUGAGACGCACGCCCCGCCAGCUCCUCCCGCACCGGAUAACGAACCGGUGUGAACCAGAGUCGGGUGGACGGAGCACAGAUGGGCGCUUCGCCUUCAACAGUGGACACCGAGUGGGACUUGGUUGCUGCACCGCGAGCUGGUGAGGACCAGGCCUGCAGUGCCUGGGAUCCACAGGCCGGGCGUAGCGGCUGCGCCCGCGUUUAAGUGCCUUCUGCUCGCCUGAGUGGAACUGUAUCCUGAUCCGAACCGUCCCCUCGGCCUCGAGGAAGUCGGAUACCCGACACGGGGCUGUUGGAGCAUUAUCUUGUAGCUGGACUGAGCAAAGAGAAUAUUUUAUUUUAUAACGGCAUGUCCAAAAAUAGUGUUUGUCCCAAGAACAUGUGGCCUCUAUUUUGUGUGUGUGGGGGGGGAUUUCUGGAUGUUUUUAUAGUGCAAUGUUGUAUUUCCGAGUGAGCCCUGUGUUCACUGCACAAAAGCUGUAUGUAUAUUUUUGUAUAAACUGAUUCUGAAAUUGAAUCAUUUUUAAUGUGGCCAAUGUGCCUUUUUUUCUUUUUAUAUAACCAUGCUGCAUUGGUACAGAUCUUUAAAUUGACUGUGCUAAAUGUUCUUGAUUCCAGUUAAUGCUGCUAAACUGCUUCGCUUUGUCAAUCAAAACUAUUGUGCUGACUCGGUCAGAGGGGACUGUUCCAAAGGGUGUUCAGCGUGGCUUCUGAAUACAGCAGGUCGUUCUCUGCUAAUGUGAGCAGCAAACCAAUCAAAUAUGAGUUUUAGAUAUCCAAGUGGCAGAUCCAACACAAAUAACUUUUUAAGGGUGUCAAAGUGAAGUCAAUGACUUGCACAUCACAUUUACUUGUUUUGAUUAUUGUAUCUCACGAUGGCUUUUGGGGGAAUAUUGACAUAUAUAUAUAUAUAUAUAUAUACAACAGUGGGGCGCCAAGAAGAAGAUGGACACGUUUAGUGGUCACAGGGGCGUGACUGUAUUGUCAGGGGAAGCUACGGUUAACAUUGUUUAGCGUUGCUUUGUUCAUGGUGUCACUCUUAUGUAGUUUUGUAGCAUUUCCAAACGACAGCAGACAUUUUAAAUGAAGCAUGUCUCUCACGUAGAGGUGGAACACAAGGCGGUACUGAGCCGGUGUCUGGUGUGCGCACACACACACCCCACUAACAAUGGAAUGGUUAAUCCUGGGGUGUAACUUGAAGUAAUGUCGUAGUAAUCCAUGACUUUCUUUUCUUCCCGUUUGGACUGUGUUAAAUUCAACGGUCAGACUCACUAGGCCUGUGUCCCCUGGUUUUCUGUGGAAUUUAUUUAAUUUUAAAUGCUGUUUUACAAUGUUUUAAAAUAUUGGUCACCUUUUUUAUACCUGCCAUUUUCUACGUGAUUUUUGUCAAUUGAAUCCACCUUUGCAAUUCUGCUUAACUUGUGGGGAUCAGAGUUGUUCUAAUAUGAAAUAAAUACUGCUUGAGCUUA